AUCAUCGCAUUGCUUUUAUCAGCAUCCUUCUUGAAGAAUUCCCCUGUGUUUGCAUUAAAAAGGUGACAUGUAUUUCCUGCUGUCUCCGCCUUUGUGAGCAAUGAAAUGGUUAACCCAAGCAGUCGCAGUGCAUGCUGGGAGCUGCAGGCAGGCUGAGCCUGGGUAAUGUAGUUGAGUGUACAGGAAAUGGCUGCCUGUAGUCCGCUCAGCUGCUGCUCCCUUUCUGCGUUCAGAAUUUGCCUUUUUUUUGUGUCUUUGGCUACAUAGAAGCCGAGCAAAGCCUUUGGAUCUGUUGACUUGUCUAUCGAGAUACUUCCAGAUACACCUUAAAACUCCCCGCCACAUCCGCGGAUACCUCUUUGGUGAAUAUGGCUGAAAAUAUUGAGAAUAAACUCAACAACCUUGAUGUCAGACCCAAAAGCACUCGCAGUCGCAGCGCAGACAGGAAAGACGGAUAUGUAUGGAGCGGAAAGAAACUGUCCUGGUCGAAUAAGAGCGGCCACUCGUCCGAUGGGGAUGCUGUGAAUGUUCCUGAGAAAUCAGAUGGGGCCACCAGGAGCCAGGAAAGGAAACACAGUUGCACUUCUAUUGAACUUGACUUGGAUCGUUCUUGUGGACACAAGUUGUUAGGCCGGUCUUUGAAACAGAAGCUUCAGGAUGCUGUGGGACAGUGUUUCCCCAUAAAGACUUGCAGCAGCCGUCACUCGUCUACAUUGUCUUCCAAGAGAAAAAUUCAUAUCAGUGAACUGAUGUUGGACAAGUGUCCCUUCCCGCCCAAGUCUGAUCUUGCGUAUAGGUGGCAUUUAAUUAAAAGGCACACCGCUCCGGUGAAUCAAUCUCAAGAGGAGUGGGUGAUCAACGACGUUCCUCAAAAGAGCGAAAAGGAGAGGCAAGCCGGGGAGAAAUCCUGCUGUGGAGGAGAUGACGUGUUUUCAGAAGUGAACGCUUCAGCAUGUGAAGUGAGUAUGAGCAUUGUGGACUCUGUUACAACAAAAGCCACAAGGACUGCUAAGGAGGACAGCGAUAUUGACUCUGAUGACGAGGUUAUAACAUUGUGCACAAGCUCCAGGAAGAGGAACAAGCCCAAAUGGGAGACGGAUGAUGAGGCUUUCCAGGCAGAAACGCCUCCUAAAUAUCACACACAGAUUGACUAUGUACACUGCCUGGUGCCGGACCUCUUUCAGAUCAAUAAUAACCCAUGUUACUGGGGAGUAAUGGAUAGAUACGCAGCUGAAGCCCUCCUAGAAGGAAAGCCAGAGGGUACUUUUUUACUGCGGGAUUCAGCACAAGAAGAUUACUUGUUUUCCGUUAGUUUCAGACGGUACAGCCGUUCGCUACACGCUCGGAUUGAGCAGUGGAACCAUAACUUCAGUUUUGACGCCCAUGACCCGUGUGUUUUUCAUGCACCCAAUGUCACGGGUUUGCUAGAACAUUACAAAGACCCCAGCUCGUGUAUGUUUUUUGAACCCCUCCUAUCCAGUCCUUUAAACAGAACUUUCCCUUUUACUCUGCAACACAUAUGUAGAACAGUUAUUUGCAGUUGUACGAGUUAUGAUGGCAUCGAUGCACUUCCCGUACCUUCUUCCAUGAACCUGUAUCUGAAAGAAUAUCAUUAUAAAUCCAAGGUGCGCGUGCGCAGAGUAGAUGCACCAGAACAAAGAAGUCAGAAGUGACAUCAGGAUUAUUG